AGAGGAUGACACUUGCCUGUGAUUGCAGUAUGCAAAAGGCAGAGGCCAGCCUGGGGCUACAUGGUGAGCACCCUCUCAAAAUAAGAGAUGUUGGUGAAAUUCUUCAUGUUCCUCAGUCCAAGGCUGCACCUUUGGCCAGCUGGAGAAAGGAACUACAUUCCCCUAUAGGUUCCUUUUGUCCGUCACUCACACUCCUGGGAGGAUCUUGUGCAGUCGAGAAGCCAUCUUAACUGUAGGGGCAGACAUUUGGGAGCGGGCUUCUGAGGAUGAGGACAAGGGUGUACAGAACUCUGGAAUAUUGAGCACGCUCUGACUCAAUAUGUCGGCCUCACACCUCCAAGGACAUACUGUCCCGGUCUUCCCCCUUGCGUAAGACCGUGGCUAGCAGAGCAAGGCUGAUGCUGUGCGUAGCACCUGCCCAGCACCCAUUCUAGAGAACUCUCUGAGGUUCCUAGAGUGAAGGGAAGGGCUUCCCCUCUCAGAGGAUCAAGUCCCACAGGUGCGGGUGAGCCUUUGUGCCUUCUCAGUGGUACUCUGACGGAGGCAGGAGGCUUCACCUCGCUAGGCCUCGGUUAUCCUGCCUGUAAAGUGGCAUGCGUGGCUACAUUCCCUUCUUACAGAUGGCCAAACUGGCCGCACACCCUAGGGCGGAUGGACGGGGGCGUGGCCUCUCACCCCAAGCUCCACCCCCAGCCCGCUUCCUCACUGUAGCGGGCGGGACCCUGGCGUCCCGCUGUGCGCGGGCAGCCCCCGGCCGCCACGCAAUGUCCGCCGGCUGGUUCCGGCGCCGCUUCCUAGCCGGGGGUCCACUUCCAGAGCCGCGGCCACCUGGACCACGCUCCAGCCCGGUGCCCUAUCACCGGCCCCGUUUCCUGCGGGGCUCUGGGUCCAGCCCUGGCGCCAACGACGCUUCGCGCCGCCCGGAUGCCCGGCCAGUGCGCAGCCCAGCACGGGGCCGCACGCUGCCUUGGAACGCUGGCUACGCCGAGAUUAUCAAUGCAGAGAAAUCUGAAUUCAACGAAGACCAGGCUGCUUGUGGGAAGCUCUGCAUCCGGCGAUGUGAGUUUGGGAUCGAGGAAGAUCAGGAGUGGCUGACGGUGUGCCCAGAGGAGUUCCUGACAGGUCACUACUGGGCACUGUUUGAUGGGCAUGGUGGACCUGCCGCAGCUAUUUUAGCUGCCAACACCCUGCACUCUUGCCUCCGCCGACAGCUGGAGGCUGUGGUAGAAGGCAUGAUGGCCGCUCAGCCCCCCAUGCACCUCAGUGGCCGCUGUGUCUGCUCCAGCGACCCACAGUUUGUGGAAGAAAAGGGGAUCCGGGCAGAAGACUUGGUGAUUGGGGCUCUGGAGAACGCCUUCCAGGAAUGUGAUGAUGUGAUCGGGAGAGAGCUGGAGGCCUCAGGCCAGGUGGGUGGCUGUACAGCUCUGGUGGCAGUGUUCCUGCAGGGGAAGCUGUAUGUGGCCAAUGCUGGGGAUAGCAGGGCCAUCUUGGUGCGGAGAGAUGAGAUACGGCUGCUCAGUUCUGAGUUCACUCCAGAAACAGAGCGGCAGCGGAUCCAGCAGCUGGCCUUUACCUACCCCGAGCUUCUGGCUGGUGAGUUCACCCGACUGGAGUUUCCACGGCGGCUGAAGGGGGAUGACUUGGGGCAGAAGGUUCUGUUCAGGGAUCAUCACAUGAGAGGCUGGAGCUACAAACAGGUGGAAAAGUCUGAUCUGAAAUACCCACUGAUUCAUGGACAGGGUAGACAGGCUCGGUUACUGGGAACACUGGCUGUCUCCAGAGGGCUGGGAGACCAUCAGCUUAGAGUCCUGGACACCGACAUCCAGCUCAAGCCCUUCCUGCUCUCCAUCCCGCAGGUGACUGUGCUGGAUGUAGACCAGCUGGCAUUGCAGGAGGAUGAUGUGGUUGUCAUGGCAACUGACGGGCUCUGGGAUGUCCUGUCCAAUGAGCAGGUGGCACUGCUUGUGCGGAGCUUCCUCACUGGGAACCGAGAGGACCCACACAGGUUCUCAGAGUUGGCCAAAAUGCUGAUACACAACACACAAGGGAAGGACGGUGGUGCCUCCGGAGAAGGGCAGGUGUCUUACGAUGAUGUCUCCGUGUUCGUGAUUCCUCUGAGCAGCCAGGCCCAAGAGGGCGGUGGCCACUGAGGAUUCAGAUACUGCAUUCUAGAACCCCUUCAGGACCAAUGCAGACUCAGCAUACACCCACCGUGGCCAAGAGCAGGCUCUGCCUGGCCUGUUCCAAGCCACAGCCCAGCGCUCACCAGGUCCCACCUUCUGCAAUGGUAACAUUUCCGCUGGCAGAGGUACUUUAUAGCAUAUGGUUUCUGUGUUGGCCCCUCUGCAGGAUAAAGGGUACUAGGAAGCCCUGGGGAACAAGCAGCUUGUUUGGUUCCAGUCCGUGAAAUCUCUGGUUAUUCAUUUAACCAUUUAUCCAUCCAUCCACACAAGGCACCUUCUUGAAACCACUGAGCAGGCUCACAUUUGCUUAAUUUAAUUAAGAUUAAAGCAAUCUAAAUUUUUCUUUUCUCUCUCUUUUUUUAAAAGAUGGGGUCUCCGUUAUGUAGUUCCGGCUGUCCUGGAACUUGCUUAUAGACCAGGCUGGCUUCAAACUCAGAGAUCACCUGCUUUUGCCUCCUGAGCACUGGGAUUAAGUGUGCUGGGCUAAAUCCGCCAUAUUGAGAACAGUUCCUGAAACCUGUUCAGAGCCUGCCUUGCCCUCUGCCAGUGAAGGGCACAGGUCCCAGACAGUCUGUAGAGAAAAUGGGUGAGAAGUCUCCAGCAUUGGCGGGGCUGACUGUCACUGCCUGGAGCCCGCCUGCCAUCUGGUUGCUUUCCCUGAGUCCCAGGCCUGCCCUACACACCAACAGUGUCUGUGCUGUUCUCAGUCAUGCCAAGUACAAACACUUCUCAGCAAGCUCGUUCUCCAUGUUUCCAACCUUCCACUUUUAGCCAGCCUAGCGCUAUCCCCACCCACUCUGGUGCUGCUCUCCUGCCCACUCUCGUACCAGCCUCCAAAGACGCACACAUCUUCUACUCCUGGCAUUGGCCAGAUAGCAUUCUCUUCAGGGACCCAGCCAACAUGUUAUUAAAUGUUUGCAUGUGAAAGCCCCCAUGAAUCAGGAAUUGCUCACACAGCCCUGGCUGACAAUUUUGCCAUUUCUUGUGGCCUCUCAGUGGAUUCUUUUUCGUUCUACCAUGCAAACCUGCAAACAAUCAGGACUGGUCCCAUGCUCAGCCCCCUCGCUGCUGCCAGGAAAUGAGAAGACCUGUGAACUCUGGAUUGGAGGCACCGGAAGGGCUGCCUUUUUACUUUAAAAAAAAAAGUUUUGCAAGAAUUUCA